AUACAAUAUAUGUAAAAAAUUAUGAUUUUUAACACGCAUUAUAUUAAUAGAAAUAUUAUUCGAUAAAGGCGACACAAGAAAUAAAUACGACAAGUUUACAUUCGAUUUUGUAUCAAAUAAUUCGCCAUGUUUGUUAUGAAUUCACAAUGUCGUGACAUCUCGUCACGAUAAACAAGACUAGUUUAUUCAUGAAUGAUAUCGGGAUCGCUUUCACUAAACGCAAUGUUCCGUUAUUAUGAGUAAUCAACGCUAUUUCGAACUAUCAAAAUAUGGCAGAGUACAACGUCAAAAAUAGCAACACCGACAGAUUGUCAGAGUCCGAGAUGAAACAGAAAACGAUUGACAGGGCACCUUUUCGAAACUUGAAAAUUAGUGACUCCAGAAUAUUAAAUACGCUUGAGGGUAGAAGAAAGUGUGAACUCUGUUGUAAAUCGCGCAAGUUCUUCUGUUACACUUGUUGCGUGCCCGUCAUUGACAAUUCGUAUUUUCCAUGGGUGAAGCUGCCAAUUAAAAUCGACAUCAUUAAGCAUGCUCAUGAGAUAGACGGGAAGAGUACUGCUAUUCACGCUGCGAUACUUGCACCAGAGGAUGUAAAAAUCUAUACAUAUCCCGAUUUUCCAGAUAUAUCAGAUAAAGAGGAAACUGUUUUAAUCUUUCCUAGCAAAAGUGCGCAGACUGUAAGCGUAGAGGCUCUCUUUACAAAGAAGAAAGGGAAGAAUGAUACUUCAGCAAAUGGAACCGAGACUGUAUUUCCUAUAAAAAGGGCCAUUUUCAUCGACAGCACAUGGCAGCAAACCAAAGCAAUAUAUAAAGACCCAAGAUUGAGAGAACUACGUUGCGUCAUUUUAAAAUCGAGGAUCUCUCAAUUCUGGCGUUACCAAAAGAAAAGUCCAAGAUGGUACUUGGCGACGAUUGAAGCAAUUCAUCAAUUUUUAGUGGAGCUACACACGUGUGCUCUCAAAGCAGAAGAAUACCCUGAUAUACAUAGGUCUAUGUUGAAUGGAAAACAGGAAUCUAUAACUAAUAACAAGGAAACGGAAGAAUGUGGAGAAAUUAAUCAAAAGUAUCAUGGACAAUACGAUAAUCUUUUAUACUUUUUCAAGUAUAUGUAUGAUAAAAUUCACUCGAUAUACGAUCACGAUCAAUUAAAGGCUUAUAAAAGGCCACUCGCGUGAAACUAUUUUAUCUCUUAAUAAAUUCUUUUGCAUAGAAAAAAAUUACGUUUGGUCAAACAACUUUGCUUAUAUUAUUUCUACAGAUGAUUUACGAAAUUAAAACAUUGAGAAUAUUAUUCCUUUAUAAUUCGACAUUAAAAAUGUGAAAGAUACCGAACUAGACGUAAUUUUGUUACUUUUAUGUUAAGUCAUUCAAGAGAUUUUGGAGAUUAUUUCUUUUCUAAACAUAUAUAUACACGAUAAAAAAAAAAAUUACAUUUUUCAAAAGGAGAGAGAGAGAGGGAGAGAUACUUGAAAAUAUUUCAACUCUUUUUCGUGUCUCGAUUGCAUGGGAUACAAAUUAGUUAAUCUAAGUAAAUGUUUAUUCUGCACAGCAUUGUGA